AUGAGGCGGCUCCACUGGGGAAUGCCAGAAAGAACCCAGCGAGGCUCCAGCGAAGCCCUCGGCCCAGUCCGCUCACCCUGGACCGGCGUUUGUUCGGUUGGGCCCAGGCGGGCGAGGGUGCGGCCAGGCUGCCCAGAGUGGUGCAGUGGCUCAGGGGGAGCCCCAGACAGCCUCCGUGGCCCUGGAGCGCUCGUGUCGGGCUGUGGCCGCACUCGCCACGUCGCGGAUGGCCAGAUCUGGAGGACGGACUCGGGACCCCGCAGGGUCUGGGUGGGCCGCAUCCGAGGAGACCACGAAUGGCGCUCGAUGUGCCCUCCUGCCUCCCGAUACCAAAGCUUGGCUGUCGUGGGUCCCGCCGCACCCACGAGGUCCCCUCCUGUCCCCCGGCCCAAGAUGGCCGUGAUCCUCUACGGGAAGAGGCAGCACCCCAGCCGGACGGGACCCCUCACCCGCCCUGUGUUUCAGGAGUCGGUGACGUUCAGGGACGUGGCUGUGGACUUCACCCUGGAGGAGUGGGAACGCCUGGGCCCUGCGCAGAGGGACCUCUACAAGGAGGUGAUGCUGGAGAACUACAGGAACCUGGUGUCGCUGGGAGCCGAAUUCCCAAGCGCCAAGCCGGAGCUCAUCUCGCAGCUGGAGCAGAGCAGAGCGCCCUGGGAGGGCCGAGAGAGCUCCUGGCCGAGGGCCAGCGCUGAGAAGAGGCCUUUCGGGUGUCCUGAGUGCGAGAGGACCUUCCUUUACCAGUCAGACCUCCUAAUCCACCAGAGGAGCCACACGGGGGAGAAGCCCUACAAGUGCAGCGCCUGUGGGAAGGCCUUCAGCAACAGCUCCUACUUCAUCCAGCACCACAUCAUCCACACCGGCGAGAAGCCCUACGCGUGCGCCAUAUGCGGGAAGACCUUCAGCCAGAGCUCGUCGCUCACGGAGCACCAGCGCAUCCACACGGGCGAGAAGCCCUAUUCCUGCAAGGAGUGUGGCAAGGCCUUCACGCAGAGCUCGUCACUCAUCAAGCACCAGCGCUGCCACACGGGCGAGAAGCCCUUCAAGUGCAAGGAGUGCGGCAAGGCCUACACACAGGUGUCACACGUGGCGCGGCACCGCAAGAUCCACACGGGGGAGCGACCACACAAGUGCAGCGAGUGUGGGAAGGCCUUUUUCCACACGGCGUCCCUCACCCAGCACCAGGCCAUUCACACCGGAGAGAAGCCCUACAAGUGCAACGAGUGCGGGAAGACCUUCAGCCACAGCUCGUCCCUGACCCAGCACCAGCGCGUCCACACCGGCGAGAAGCCCUACGAGUGCAGCGACUGCGGCAAAUCCUUCAGCCACAGCUCGUCCCUGACCCAGCACCAGCGCAUCCACACCGGCGAGAAGCCCUACGGCUGCAACGAGUGCGGGAAGGCCUACACCCAGAUCUCCCACCUCAUGCGCCAUCAGACCGUCCACGUGGGGGAAAAGCCCUACGUGUGCAACGAGUGCGGGAAGGCCUUCAGCCACACGUCCUCCUUUACCCAGCACCUGACGGUCCACACCGGAGAGAAGCCCUACAAGUGCGGCGAGUGUGGGAAGACCUUCAGCCAGAACUCAUCCCUCACGCGACACUUGAGGAUUCACACUGGAGAGAAGCCCUAUGUGUGCAAGGAGUGUGGGAAGCGUUACACCCAGGUUUCCCACCUCAUCCAGCACAAGAGAAUUCACACUGGGGAGAAGCCGUACCGCUGCGGCGAGUGUGGGAAGGCCUUCAGCCGGAGCACACACCUCAACGAACACCAGAAGAUCCAUACCGGAGAGAAGCCCUACACGUGUCACACGUGUGGGAAGUCGUUUAGCCACAGCUCAUCUCUUAAUCAACAUCAGAGGAUUCAUACCGGAGAGAAACCCUACGAAUGUGAUGACUGUGGGAAAACCUUCAGCCAGAGCAUACACCUGAUUCAGCAUCAGAGGAUUCACACUGGCGAGAAACCCUACGAAUGUAACGAAUGUGGAAAGGCCUACACCCAGAUUUCCCACCUCCUUCAGCACCAGAAAAUUCAUGCUGGAGACCUCCUAGGAAUAGCAAAACCCUAUGAAUGCAGUGAGUGUGGGAAGGCCUUCAGUCAGCGCUCCAACUUUUUUCGACACCAGAGAAUCCAUAUGGGAAACAGACCCUAUGAGUGUUCUGAAUGUGGGAAACUCUUCAGACACAGCUCAUCCCUUAUCCAGCACCAAAUAACCCAUACCGGAGAGAAGCCGUACAGGUGCAAGAACUGCGGCAAAGCCUUCAGCCGGAACACCUAUCUGACUCAGCACCAGAGAAUCCACACCGGAGAGAAGCCCUACGAAUGUUGCGUGUGUGGGAAAACCUUCCGCCUCCGCUCAACCCUGACUCAGCACCAGAUCAUCCACACCGGAGAGAAGCCCUACGAGUGCAACGAAUGCGAGAAGGCCUUCAGCCAGUUCUCUACUCUCAUCCGACACCAGAGAACCCAUUCUGGAGAGAAAGCCUAG